AUGCAACGACCAAAAGUGUUUUUUAACAUAGCUAUUGGCGGACAGCCACAAGGAGUCGUCAUUUUUGAGCUUUUUUCCGAUAUUACACCAAAAACAGCAGAAAAUUUCCGACAAUUAUGUACAGGUGCACGAGGCUUUGGUUUUCGCGGUUGUCCAUUUCAUCGAAUAAUUCCUCAAUUUAUGGUUCAAGGUGGUCGAAGUAUUUAUGGUGAUCAAUUUCCUGAUGAAAAUUUUCGUUUAAAACACGAUGUUCCGUUUUUAUUAUCGAUGGCAAAUUCAGGUCCAAAUACAAAUGGUUCACAGUUUUUCAUCACUGUGGCUCCUACACCAUGGCUUGAUGGUAAACAUGUUGUAUUCGGGCGUGUUGUGCAAGGUCACGAUAUUGUCAAAAAAAUGGAAAGUUGUGGUACACAAGAAGGCACACCACGAGCCAAUGUUGUUAUAGCGGAUUGUGGUCAAGCAUAA